AUGGGAAACACAAAGAGUGGGUGCUACGACGAAGUCAGUGUUGAUCCGUGGUGGCCGGAAGGCAGUGACCAGACGCCAGUCAUGAACGAAAUUUCAACGCUUCACCAGAAACGUGUUAAGUUAAUCGCGGAGAAAAGGCAAGAGAUGAAUAAUUUGCGGGAAGAAGUUGCAAGGCUCAAAGAAGAAAAUGAGCGCUUGAUCCAGAACGCUUCCUUUGAAGUGCCAGGGAGUGAGCUGGAGCAACAGCUGAAGGAUGCCAGAAGCGAAAUUCAGGCGUUCGAAGUGGAACGGAAGGAGUAUAGCACACACGUCACAGCCCUUAAGGAUAUAAUCGCAUUUUUUUUUAGUUUGAAUUGGUGCUUACAGGCGCAUGUCGAUCGUUUGAAAGAGCAAGAGAUUGAAAAGGCCGAACAGGCCCGUCUGGAAGAAAUUUUGAACAUGUGCGCCGAAUACGAAAGGCAAGUGCAGUGGGAAAAAACGAACAAACCGAUCCCUAAUCGCAUAAAAACAAACGGCUCGCUACCACGGGAUAAAAGGCAAUGUCCGCCGAGCCCAUUCGGUUCACCAUCGCCGAAUCACGCGACGCCAUCACCAGGUUCGAAGGAUAGUCCGAUAUUUAAAUUCGACUCCGAUCUACGACCGAAUAACCACAACUACGAAAAUGUGACGAUUAACAAUGCGAGCCCGCGUCUCUACUAUGAAAAUAUUGAGGUUUCUCAUCCAACACCCAACACCUUCAGUCAAUAUGAGAAUAUUACGAUUAGUCACGAAACCAGCAGUCCUUACCCCCACUCUCCUCGGACACGAAUUAAGACCAUCCCAACCGUUAACAGAGAACCCUCCCCGAAGGACGCAGCUCAGCUUAUCGAUACCAAAUUCGCCAUCGUCAACGCAGAACAGUACCUUCUCCAGAACAAAGGCUCCGAAAAUGGGGACAACGUCGACGUGACGACGCGGAAGCCCACACCGACGAAGUUCCUCCACCCCAUCGACAGUUUCCCAUCCUACCACCACGACUCGUACGAUCGCAAGGCGUCCCACGAGAGCGACAGGAGACGAAUGGAAACGCUCAAGCGCGAAAAGCAGGAGAUACUAACGGCGAUGGCGCACAUCAAGCGAAAAAUGGCGGAGAUCGAGCUGCAGGAGGAGGAGUUGAAUCGCGAGCUCGAAAUGGAACGGGCGCUCAUCAUAGGCGAGCACAAGUCGAAGCUGGUCGAAAUCGAUGAGCUCGAGCGGCGCAAGCAGAAGCUCGCGGAGGGCGCGCGCGAAAUUGAGCGAAAAAUGGAGGACUGUCAGGUGACGCAAGUCGAGCACCAGGAGAACUGCCGGCGGAAGCUCGAGCACGCUCAGGACAGCAUGGCCAAGGUCGAGGAGCGGCUGAACUCGGUCGCGAAAUCGAGCGACGAGUACCAGGAGAUCUUCGAGGAGUUCCUCUGCGCGCAAGAGGUCCUGGACAACGAGCGGAAAACGUUCGAGGAUCUCGAGUUUCACCACUUGGAGGAGGAGGCCGACUGGUUGGCGAGUCGCGAGGAAAUUCAGCGCGAAAUCGUAGACCUCGGCCAGCGGCUCGACGUACUUAGGACGCAGGUCGGCGAUCUCGAACAGCAGAAGCUCGACGCGAACACGUGCAGCGCGCGCGAGUCGAAAACGCUCGAAAGGCAGCUGAUCAAGUGCGCGCGCAGGCUCGAGGAGCAACGCGGCAAGCUCAAGGCGCUCGAGGCGGAGCUCAACACGUUUGCGAAGGAGGAAUCGGACCAGGAGGUCUCGAGCGACAGCGAAAGCGAAAAGGUGCAGCACAUGAGCUGCUCCUUUAUCGACACGAGCUCGCGGACGAAGAACGGCGACGCGUACGACAUGUCCAAGUCGUUCAAUGAGAAAAUGCUUCAAGAGCACUCCGUUAUAGAAGACGGCGUCGCUAGAAGGUGUCCGUCGCAGGACGACAUCGAUCGAAUAAGUAAGGUCACGUCGAACGCCCCCAUGAACAUUGAGGACGGUCGAGGGUCGUUGGGCAAGAAGACGAUUGAGUCGCUGAAGGAGAUUGAACGUAAUCGGCAGCUGCAUUUAGUACAACAAGGCUCUCAAGUAAUUGAAGAGGAGCGGCGUAGAGUAUUGGCGUUAAAGCAACGCGCGCAAGACGAGGUCAGAACGCAGUGGGCGCAAAGGCAGCAGGACUGUUCGUCUUUCACUUCCACCACGUCCGAUGAAGCACGUUACAGGUAGGGAAGGUCGGCACGCACUCUGUGUAUCAGUCGAGACUGACGGGGACAAUCUUAUCUAAUCUCUGUGUACAAAAUUAAACACUGACACAUCAAUUGCUCGAGUACGUGGGAAAGUGAUGGGCGGUGUCGUUAGUUUUGUACAAUUUUGGUUAGUUUGUAGUAUAGGACGUACCUAGUCGAUUUAAAACGAACGGGAGUUUUGUGUUGGAAAAGUGGGAGGGCAGUGAAGAAGGGUAGGAUCAGGAAUCAGGGGGACGCCGGGAGGGUUUGGGAGGAUCAGAAAAACGUGGUGAGUCCUCUCAUGAUCAUUGUUUACAAAGAGCCCCCAAAUACCUAUACAUCCUGGGGGAUUUUCCGUACGUUCUCACCCCACAACGUUCAAAACCGCCGUCACUCUCAUUAUAAUUCUUCUGGGAGGGCCUGUAAUUGUUCCUUAUCCUGAGGACAUUCCCCUCCCUCAGGCUGAUCAUGGGAGCGCUGGUGCUGUCAACGUUUUGUUGUAACGAGAACGUAGCACCGGAGGGUGUUUUAAGAAGAAAUUGGGGGAUUUUCCUGAAGAAUGAAUCCUCUUAAAAAUUGUUUAGGCAAUUUCUAGUGGGGUGGGGGGAUAGGAAUCCCCUGACCACCGGUCGUACGCCCCCCCCCCCAAGGUAUAGAACCACUGGCGCUCUCACAAUAACUCCUUAGGGAAAACCACCAAUUUGUCCUUGGGAUAAUAAGAAAUUGGGGGCUGGAUUGUAAACGUUAUGGAACGAGAAGGUAGUGCGAAUGCCCCCCCCCCCCAGCUG